UCUAGCAAUUUCAACAGCAAUUUCUACGGCGUCAAGUGAACUGCUGUUUGAGGCUCCCUACUGUUGUUUGAGGCUUCCUCCUAUUGCUGUUUUAGGCUCCGAACUGCUGUUUGAGGUUCCCUACUGCUGGUUGAGGCUCCUUGCUGUAAUAAAGAGUCUCUGGUUCGGCUCGUGAGAAGACUCUAGAUGGAGACACUGGUUCUAAGGACGGCGCUCCUCUUCACAGUGUUUCUCCUGUGUUCCGCUGAGGAGGAGUACACGGAUGGUUGGCCAUUCAGCACUACCACUGAAGGCUCUUGUCCCAGUGGCUUCUAUAAGUGUCGCUUCACAGACGAUUGCAUACACAACUACGAGAUAUGUGAUGGCUUCUAUGACUGCCCGUAUGGUGACGAUGAGGAGAACUGUUUCAGAACCACCGAGCCUCCCAUAAACGUCUGUCAGGAGCCAUUUGAGUUGGUGGGUGAACGUUGUGUGUUCAUCGACCCGUUUACAGACCUGUCCUGGCAUGAGAGCAAAUACAUGUGUGAGAAGCUGAACGCUGACUUGAUUUCCAUCGAUUCUCUGGCCCUCUACGGUUCAUUGUUGGAGUUUAUCAGGGAGAAAGAUCUCACCAGUCACGACUACUGGAUCGGCGCCACUGACGAGGUGACCGAGGGCAACUGGGUAUGGGAGAACGGGAAACAAAUGCAGAUGGGCUCCCCGCUGUGGUCCAUCUACUGUAACUAUAAUGAUUAUCAGCAGGAACCUCUUGCAUCUGAAGGUGAUGACAAAGACUGCGCCUUCCUUGAGAAAAUAAGGUUUUACUACGUAGAUGACGACAAAUGUGAUCAACCCAAGGGCGCCAUCUGUGAGGUACCUUUGUAUCACUCGGGACCAAGAGCUAACCAGCCAGGCGACUCAUCCCAACAAGUUAAGGAAGAAGGAAGUAAGAACGACCUACAAGAUUAAGGAGAAACACGAGAAGAGAAAAUAUUAUUAAUUCCUCAGAAAAAUGACAGUAGAGGCGAGGCAAGGACAUACACAGGAACACUCUACUAUGAAGUAACCUAACCUAACCUAACUACCAUGUACUGUACUGUAGUAGUGAGGAGAGAGUGAGGAGUGAGAGAAGAUUACCCUUCCCCACUCUCCUUCGUUCCUUCCACUAGUAACCUGAUUUGUAGUAUGACAUUAAAUAAAACACAUAAAUCA